AUCUGCCACUGUCAUCAGUCACCACCGAAGAAGACUAGACUCAACUCAACUGAAACACAAAGUUUGAAGCUUUUAAGAUGUCAGAAACAGAGUUUAAAGUGGUGCUAGAGACUUUCACAUUCCCUGCUGAUUCAGCUCCCUUCAAGAGUUGCCAUGCCUCUACUAUCGUUGAGGUUGGUAAAGAUCACUUUUUGACUGCGUAUUUCGGAGGCACGUUUGAAGGAGCAUCUGAUGUCAAAAUCUGGCUGCAGCAUUUCAAGGAUGGUCAAUGGCAAUCACCGGUUAUUGUCGAUGAAGAGCUAGGAGUUCCAAUGUGGAACCCUGUCUUGUUCAAGCUUCCAUCUCAAGAGCUAUUAUUGUUCUACAAAAUCGGUCAGGAGGUUCAGAAAUGGAGCGGUUGCAUGAAACGGUCAUAUGAUAAAGGUAGAACCUGGACUAAUAGAGAACAGCUUCCUCCCGGGAUUCUCGGACCCAUUAAAAACAAGCCUAUUUUGCUGGAAGAUGGAACACUCCUUUGUGGAUCGUCUGUUGAAAGUUGGAAUUCUUGGGGAGCGUGGAUGGAGGUAACUUCAGACGCUGGUCGAUCAUGGAAAAAACAAGGGCCAAUCUACAUUCAAGGGAUGAGUCUUAGCGUGAUCCAACCGGUUCCAUACCAAACCGCAGCUGGGAAAUUACGGGUUUUACUCAGAUCAUUCACCGGCAUUGACAGAAUCUGUAUCUCAGAAUCUUCUGAUGGUGGUGAGAACUGGAGUUUUGCUACACCAACAGUUCUCCCAAACCCAAAUUCAGGUAUUGAUGGAGUCAAGCUUAAGGAUGGUAGGCUAGUGCUUACUUACAACACUGACUCAAGAGGUGUGCUCAAAGUAGGAGUUUCUUUAGACGACGGUGAUUCUUGGACCGAUGUUUUGACAUUGGAGGAAUCUCCGGGAAUGGAGUUUUCGUACCCGGCGGUUAUACAAGCCGAUGACGGGAACGUCCACGUCACCUAUACUUAUAACAGGACACAGAUUAAGCAUGUUGUGCUCAAGACUGCGACAGAUAUCGAUUCGAAGCCAUACCGGAAACACGGUGAAGCAGGUGGGAGACACGUGGGCUUUGGUUUGUACGAACCAUCAUUAAGUUGAUUAGCCAUUUGGAUCGAGUUUUUGUCUGAAUUAUGGAUGUGGAGUGUGACAUUAUUCUUACGGAAGAGGAAAAAUUGUUCUCUUUCUUGUCUUGUAAGUUAUGGAUUGAUCGAGUCUUGAGUUUAUAAAUUUGCUACUAGUAGUUGUCUACUUGAUGAAUAUUA